AAUAAUCGAAAAAAUUAUUUAAAAAAUCCAAUCAUUAAAAAAAUGUUAGUAGAACAAAAGAAAAAUGAAUCAGAUCUUUCUCAACAAUAUAAUCUAUAUAAACAAUCUUUACAGCACUUAGCACAAAAAAUAGUCGAUUUGGAAGUUGAAUCUAAUGAGCAUACAUUGGUAAUUGAAACUCUUAUGAACCAUCCUUCUGAAAGAAAGUGUUUUCGAAUGAUUGGUGGUGUUUUGGUGGAGAAAAAUGUAAAAGAAGUUCUUCCUUCUUUAAAAACAAAUCAAGAAGGAAUAAAAUCCAUGAUAGAGCAGCUUUCAAAACAAUAUAAAACUCAAGAAGAACAAUUCAAUAAAUGGCAAAAAGAUAAUAAUAUUAAAAUAAUCCAGUGAUAUAAAGAUUUUUUAAACUACAAAAAAUAUUAAAAUUAAUAAUAAUCCA